CUUAAUCCUGAUGUUUUGGGCGUUACUGUAAAUGCUUUCUCUUUGAACGUUUUAAACUUCUCUAUCCACACUGUUGAAAAGGACUGGCUAGGCGAGACUAGACAACAGCUCUUCUUUAAAGAAUAAAAUUGGAUUUGGGUGCAUCGGAGGAAUGGCAGAUCAAAUAUUGAAAAACCUUCGAGUUGAAUUGGUGCAGUGUAUGACUGAGGCAGUCAUCAAGGAUUUGGUGGAUGAUCUUGUUGAUAGUAAAGUACUGAGCAGUAGCGAGACUGAAGAAAUACUGCUACCGAGCAAAUCCCGAUCUGAUCAUGCUCGCGGCCUUAUUGACAGUGUGAAAGUGAAGGGAAAGAACUCGAGUGAAAAGAUGUUACAGCAUUUGGAAACCCGCGACAAAGCUCUUUACGACAACCUGAACAUUAGCAGCCUUUUGGAAGCUCUGAAGAGUGGAGAAGCGACCUCUAGUGGCCGGCACGUGGCGCCAGAUCAACAAAAAUCUUCUAGGGAAGCUGAGCAGGGUGAGUACAAAAUGAACAGUACUCCACGUGGACUUUGUGUUAUUAUUAACAAUAAGAACUUCAAAACCCUUGAAAAUUACCGUGCUGGAUCCGAAUAUGAUGUUGCCUCUCUGAAGAAUGUGUUUGAAUGUUUGGGCUUUACGGUGGAGACACACGAAGAUCUGAGUGCAGAUGAAAUGAAAACACUUAUGACACAAUACAGUAAGGAUGACCAUCGUGGAGACUGCUUUGUCUGCUGUGUGUCAAGUCAUGGAAACCAAUGUGGUAUCAUUGGUAUAGAUGAGAAAACUUGUCCUCUGAAGGACAUCAUAUCACCAUUUAAUGGAGUCAACUGUUCCUCACUUAUUGGCAAGCCAAAAGUGUUCUUCAUUGAGGCAUGCAGGGGUAAUGAGAUGCAGGAAAAAGUUCAGGUUGAAGCAGAUGAUAUGGGUGGUGAACCAGACCAGGAAUUCGAUAAUGUACCGGAUGAAUACAUUGCCAGUGAUUCAGAUUUUCUGAUUGUCAUGUCUACGGUGGAGGGAUAUUAUUCACUCAGAAGCAAAAAGAGUGGCUCAUGGUUCAUAAAGUCCCUUUGCAAGCAUUUAAAGGAUGAAAGCAAACGGGAUCAGGACAUCUUAAAGAUCCUCACUACUGUCAAUAAUGAUGUUAGCACAAAAGAGGGCCUUGUUAUUAUCAAUGAGAAGAUAAUUGAUGCCAAGAUGGUUCCGCAGCCCCAUUUCACUUUGAGGAAAACUCUUAUUUUCAGAGUUCCUGAGGGUCGGUCUACUUAGAAAAAUGAUACACACCUCCAUCUGUAACCUUCACUUAAAGAAGUCUUCACCCAAAACAAAGAAUUACUUCUCUUUUGUUUGUAUUGAAGGAGUGGAUUCCUGAUAUCUGUCUCCCGUUCAUUAUAUCCUUACAAAUUUCUGAAUAUUAUUAAUCAAAUAAUCAAUAUUUAUCCCACCAGAAAUUCAAAUGAUUUAUAUAUGUUCUAUGCUUUACACAUCUAUAUAUUUUUACAUAGAUUGUACUAGAUGUGCUCUGAACUAUACGUCUAUGUGUGGAAGUUCUCUACAUUUACCUAUAGCUUUACCAGUCAGAAUCAUAAAGUUUGAUAUAAUGAUGUAGUUUUAUUAUCUUUGUUAGAGUACAAAUAUCUCUGUAUUGUAAUGAGUGAGCAGAUUGGCUUAGGAACUUGCUGGGUGUUUCGGCUGACUUCUGCUGAGUGAACUGCAAAGAUUUCUCUUCAGCAAAAUUUCUUCUAUUAACUUCAUCUCUGACUUCUGGUCUUCAUUUGUCUUCAUCACUGAUCAACGGGUCUUAACUGUAAUUCCCAUAUUGUUAUCAUUAUUGUGCUGUUGGUGGUGGAAUUAAGACUCAUGUUUACACAAUGUACUGUAUAAGGCAAAUAUGUUUUGUUGUAGUUGUGGGCUGGACAGCAUUGUGUUUUAUUAGAGUUCUGUUGUAAUAUGGAACUUGGUCUACUUCAAAUAAAUUUUUAUUGUUUAGGUGAA